GACGUAUGCGGUUUGACAUUUGUGUUGCUACUUGCUAUGUAGACCAAGUUUUGCAUUUUGUAAAUCGCCACUAUUUAUAAAAUAAAAUUUGUAAUUCGAAAUAUAAAGAAAAAGUAAUUCUAUUAAUUUUACUGUUUCAUGGGCAUACUCAAAAUAAUUUUAAAUUGUGCGACAAUUACUUUUUUGGUACCCAAACAAUAAAUAAAGUUAGUUCAAGUUUACGGUACCUAUGCCAGUUUGUAUGUCAUAAGAUUUUAUGGUGCAAGACAGUAUAAGAGAUAUGUUUGAUGGUACAUAAUAUAAUAAUAAUUGAAGGCAACACUUUGUUUAGUUGGUAUUCUGGGUGAUAUAUGAAGUGUGAAGUCAGUUGUGUACAUUAACCUAAAUACGUUUCGGGUAAAUACAAAAAAUUAAAAGCAAAAUGUUGAGUGAAAAUUAGCGAUAUUGUAUAUAAAUAGAUGUAGUAGAAUGGAUAACAACACAAAAAUGGAAGAAGAUAUUGUAGUCGAAGGAAACCUACUCGAACAGCCGAAAGAGAAGACAAUACCGACUCGGAACCCCUUGAUGAAAGUGCGCACGUACGUAGUGGCGUUGCGGCCGUGGUCGCUGAGUGCGAGCCUGCUGCCGACGCUGUUAGGGGCUGCGCUUGCGUACCGGUUGCCCGGCGACACUGGCUUCAGCUGGUGCACACUACUGCUGACAUUAUGCACCGUAGUGCCCGUACACGGCGCCGGCAAUAUUGUCAACACUUACUUCGACUUUGUCAAGGGAAUUGAUAACCGGAAAUCGGACGACAGAACUUUAGUCGACCAUAUUUUGAGUAUAGACGAAGUGGUUUCGCUUGGUGCUUUACUGUACUUGGCAGGGUGUGCAUUCUUCGUCCCACUGGUGAUACUGUCACCUGCACGCAUGGAGCACUUGGCCCUCGUGUACUUCGGAGGACUAUCAUCAUCCUUCCUGUACACGGGUGGCAUUGGUUUAAAGUAUAUAGCAUUAGGUGAUAUUUUAGUUCUAGUCACAUUUGGGCCUGUUUCAGUAGUGUUUGCCUUCUUAGCACAGACAGGCAGAGUGGACUGGUCAAUAAUUUAUUACGCCAUACCCCUGGCAUUAAACACAGAGGCUAUUCUCCAUAGUAAUAACACAAGAGACUUAGAGAUUGACAGCAAAGCUGAAAUUGUAACUCUAGCAAUAUUAAUAGGAAGAACUUCUUCAUACUUACUGUAUGCUUUCUUGUUAUUUACUCCAUAUAUUGUGUUUGUGGUGGCAUCAGUGCGUUGUUCUCUGUGGUUCUUACUGCCAAUGUUGACCUUACCUAGAGCAUUUGAAAUAGAAAGGAGGUUUAGAAGUCCUGAAACAAUGACUUAUGUGCCGCGGCAAACUGCAAGACUCAAUUUCUAUUUUGGAAUGCUAUAUAUGAUUUCUUGUUUGUUCGCUAGUAGACUUCCUUUUCUUCUUUGGUAAACAUUAUGAGUAAAUAUUUCACUGUACUUACUGAGCUUAUGAAAUGUAAUGCAAAUGGCCUUUACAGUUAUAUAAAUUAAUAUUGAUGUGUUGUGAAAAAAAAGUAAUGACCAGUAUUGUAUAAGACAUAUGUUUAUAGGAAGGGACACUGAAAAUUCUGCAGUCAGUGUAGAAAUAAAAUAAGGUAAAAAUUUAAUAAACCAAUUUUGCAUUUGUACUAAAUUAAUUGUGCAUUUUUAUAGUAAUCAUUAAUGCAUAGUUACCUUAAAGUAGCUUGUAACUAUUAAUAUUUUUAUGGCAAUGUAUGGACAGUAAGUGUUGCAUGACCAGUCUAUUCUUAUCUUAGCAAUAUUUUUAGAUAUGCUGAUCAUAUAAUUCUAUUACACAAUGUCAUAAAUAACAUUUUAUUCUAGCGAUUAGAGUCACUCUUAACUUGUCAAAAUGUUAAAAUUAGACUGAGCAUGCAAUACUGGACGUAGGUUUUGGUCAUUCUUAUAUUAUAUUACCAUUGAAAAAGUUGAUAGUUUACAAGUCUUAUGAGAACACUAUGGUUGCAUAAUGUUGUAGCAGGACAGAAUUGUUUCCAUGGCAUAUGUUAAAAAAAUCAAGAACAAGUUAAUUUAUUGUUUAACCUAGUGUUAGAUGUCAUAAGAAUACUAAUUGUGUUAACUGUACUAAAUUUUUAUUUGAAUGUCAAUCUUCCACUAAAUAUUUCCAAUUGAAUUGUGGUUUAUUAGGUAUGUUACAUUUGAUAAACGAAAUAAGCUGUCUAAAAUGCUUAUGAAAUUAGGGCUAAAAGGCCUUGUCAGCUAGCUGGCAUUAGGUUACAUGUUUUAACAUAAAAUCUACAUGCAAGAGGCCCAAGAAACCCAUAAUAUGUAUUCAUGUUCCAGAUUGAUCUAUGUUAAUGUGCAUGCAAAAUGAAUAGUAUACAGGAAGUCAGUUGUCAUUGAUAUAAAUAGCAUGGCUUUGACCAUUGCAACAUUUGAAACAGGAGUGACAUCCUCAAGUUUAUGUAUGCAACUAUGGUGCAUUGGUGCAUUUUAUGUCUUUAUUUACUAUGGGGAAUAUCAAUAGUAAUUAUUAUCAAUAAAUUCAAUUCAAAUAAACUACAGUCUUCUUAAGCUACCUCUUUUUUCUUAGUUAGAUAUUGUACUGUGUAAUGUAAUCAUAAUAUAAUAGGUAUAUUCUGAAGAUAUUAAGCAGAGAAAAUAUUAAUAGUAUGUUUAUGAAUGCCUUCAGAAUAAGCCCUGUAAUUUGUAUAUUGUUAAGGAAUCUCAAAAUUGUGAAACGACAAUAAUUUAUUUAUAUAAUUAGCUAUUUAAUAAUACCAAAUAAAUGUUUUUUAAAGGAACACACAAUGUUUUACCAUAAAAACAAU